AGAAAUGGUGUAUCACGGGUGGCGAAAUUAUGGCCAAAUGCCAGGAUACCUUACGCCAUCUCACCACACUAUACAUCGCAUGAACGCGCUCUUCUCGCUCGAGCUGUCAAGCAGUAUCACGAGAAGACGUGCAUUCGGUUCGUGCCUCGGUCUGGUGGUGAACCUGAUUAUCUGUUCAUCGGAAAAGUGGAUGGGUGA